GGGUGGGUUGCGUACGACCAGUUGUAGGUGAUUGGUUCUUCCCUAACCUGCACCUUCUCUCUCUCUCUGUCAAAUGAUCCGUCGUCAGUGAGAAAGAGAAGAAGAAAAUUACAGGUAGCUCACUUCGACCAUGGAAUAUGGCAGCGACGAGGGUGGAAUAGCAAAGGAAUUAACCUCAUCUUCCAUGGAAAACCGCAUUCAAUCAGUUCAAAGUUUGGAAUGCACAGAAUCUAUACAAUCCAUGUCAAUAGAAGAAUCCGUAGGCCCUUUUUUGUGUAUUGAAUCUAUCACAUCCAUAUGCCAUGCUACGGCACCAUUCAUCAGGGAACCUGAAUUGGAGUUCAUACCGAAUGUACCCGAAGCUAGUAAACCAUUUGUUGGGAGGGAAUUCAUAUCAGAGGAAGCCGCCACGGAGUUGUAUCAUACAUAUGCUAAGAUAUGUGGCUUUAACGUACGUCUUAAUCAAAGAAAAAGAUCAGAGAAGUUGAAGAUAGUAGUAUUCCGAUCAUUUUGUUGUUCCAAAGAGGGGAAACGAGAAAGGAAGUUUUUGGAGAAUACAAAUCGUAAGAGAGCUCCCAAACCGAUCACUAGAGUUGGUUGUCGGUGGAACUUGCAGUUAAAAGACUAGGUGAAAACAGAUGGGUCGUAACGAAGUUUGUUGAGAAACAUUCUCACGAAUUAAUGACCGCUAUUAAAUCUCAUAUUCUCCCAUCAAACAAGAAUCCCCCAGAUGAAGAUGUUAUCUUUUUGGAGGGUCUAAGAGAAGUAGGAGGGGAUUCAGCUAAUGCUUUAGAUUUCAUGAUGAAUGAAUCUGUUGGGCCUUCUAAUAUUGGGUCCUUGGAUGGAGAUUCAAGGAGUACACUUCGGGAAAAACGGCUCGCAACUUACGGGAAGGACAUUGGUGUUGUUUACAAUUACUUCAAGCAAGCUGCAAGUGAUGGCCCGUCUUUCUUCUAUGAAAUGCAAAUAGAUGACGAGGCUCGUGUAACGGCUUGUUUUUGGGUGGAUGGUGGUUCAAAAUUAGAUUAUCGUGCUUUUGGUGAUGUAAUUUUUUUCGACAACACCUACAAGGCCGAUCUGUUCGACAUGCCAUUCACUCCCUUCAUGGGAGUGAACCAUCACAAGCAGACAAUUUUGUUUGGUGCCGCGCUCCUUUUCAGUGAAACCAUAGAAGACUUUAAGUGGUUGUUCCGGACAUGGCUUAAGGCAAUGGGAGGAAAGCAUCCGAAAACUGUAGUUACAUACCAAGAUUCGGCUAUUAGAGCAGCGAUUGCUGAUGUAUUCCCUCAUACGCAGCACCAGUUUUGCAUGUGGCGUGAAUUACAGAAUGCACCAGCACAUUUGGGAUAUCUUUAUCACAAGGGUUCAAAAUUUAAACGUGACUUCGACCAAUGCGUACACCAAACUGAGACAGUUGAUGAGUUUGAAAGACUAUGGGCAAGUACGGUUAAAGAAUAUAAGCUCGAAAAUGUUGAUUGGCUUCAUCAGAUAUAUGAUAUUCGUCACAUGUGGGUUCCUGCUUAUGUGAGAAAUAUCUUCUUUGCCGGAAUGUCAACUACCAGAAGUAAUGAAAGUGUCAGAGCUAUGUUUGAUGGGCACUUGAACCCUUAUUCGACACUCAUGGGGUUUGUAUUGGGUUAUCAGAAAGCCUUAGAAAAUCGAAGACGUGACGAAUUGGCUGCGAAUGAUAAAAAUUCGUAUGGCUCACCCUUAGUAAGAACUCCCUUUGAUAUAGAGAAAGGGCUAAUACAAGUUUAUACAAAUGAAGUACUCAAGGAUGUUAUAGAAGAACUAUUUCAAAGCCCGUUAUACAAUGCAAAUUUGGUUGAUAAAAGGAAUAUACCUAGCACGUUUGAGGUCACCCACAUGAGCAAAAAAGAAAAAGUGCACAUCGUGGCAUACAAUGAAAACGAGCGAAAAAUAUCAUGCAGUUGUCAUCUUUUUGAGUUUCAAGGGAUUGUUUGCAGACACUCGUUUGCUGUCUUCAGAAUAUUGGGAAUUGACAAGAUGCCAGAACACUACAUAUCGAAGAGGUGGACGCGGCGUGCAAAGGCGGGCUUGUUGAUACGCUUAACUCUCAUUAUGAAUAUGACAGCGAAAUCUUGAAGUUCUUGCAUGAUAAUGAGAUUGGCCAUUGUUUGAAAAGGCUGUCACAUGAAGGUCUCAAGUCAAAACAAAAAUUUGCAUAUGCGACAGAGCACAUCAGAAAGCUGGUUGAAGAACUUGAAGAAAUUGAAGAAGAAGAUGCUACAAGUGUGGGGCAGAAUGAAAUUUCGAUGGAGCAAGUUGGUACGAGCGGCGAGCAUGGGCAUGUGUGUCUAGGGGUUGGUUUGGAUGGUGGAAGUGGCUUAGCAUUAUCUUCGACUGAUGUCGUGUUGUGGGAUCCAAAUGCUGUAAGAAACAAGGGCCGCAGUGCAAACAAAAGAUUCAAAUCUGAUAAGGAGCUCACUUUCAGUGGUAGGGAUAAGGGCAGAGGAAGUGGUCCUGGAAGGGGCGUUGAUGCUCCAAAUUAGGCUCAAAUUACACAUGUGGACCGAAAGAGCCCCAAAAUGCAUAAGGUCACAGAUUCAUAUAUCCGCAUACAAGUACUUUUCCAAUAGAUGCUCUUCUUCAAUGAUCUUUGCUUCUUACCAGUUGAAUGUUCUGGAGUGGUCGACAUGGAACUUUGUAUGGGGUUGUUCUCAUGUUUGAUAUGAUUUGUUGAUGGUUGACAUGGAAUUUUGGAUUCUGUUAGGGGGCGGCUCUUGUGUUUGGUAUUGUUCGACGGCUGACAUGGGAUUUUGAGUUAUGUUACUGGGUUGUGCUUGUAUGUAUCUUGUAUUUAAUCAUUGAAGACAGACAUGGAGUUUUGGCAUUUGGGAUGGGAAUGUGCUUCUAAUGUGAUCUGAAGCUCAAAUUUUCUACUUGUACUGGUUGAGAUCUGUUUUCAUGGGGCUUUCGUUGCAGUGCAAUUGAAUUAUCAGUUGAAUGUUUUGUUUGAGCAGCAGACAUGGAAUUUUGAUUUCUGCUGUGGGUCUGCUUUCAUGUUUGAUAUGAUCUAUCGAUGGUUGAGUUGGAGUUUUGAAUUCUGUUACUGGGUACCUUUUGAUGGCGGAGGAGGGAUUCUGAAUUCAUCUACAGGAUUGCGCUUGUAUCUUGUAUAUAAUCAUUGAUGACAGACAUGGAUUUUUUGUAUAUGGGACCUGAUCUAAUGUGAUUUGGAGCUCAAAAGUAUUCUAAGGUUAGGUUGUCUUGCACUCAAUUAAGGCAUGCUUGUAACCUUUAUUUUCAGGGCUGUUGUAUGAUAAUGCGAUUGCUGGUUGUGAUGCAG